AUGAACCCCCGCAAGAGAAAAGCCGACGAGGAUGGCGACGAGACCAUGUCCCCCAGGAGCUCCCCUACCAUCUCUGCUCGAGCUCUUGCUCGACCUUCCAAGAAAGUCCGUGGAAAUGAAGUUAUCGGUCGACCCCUCACCCUCCCCCGACUUCUCGAGACCCUCGACACUUCUCAACUAAGAACUGUCCUCGAGCGCAUUUGUGAAUCUCAUCCUGAUAUCGGCCACGAGGUUGUCACUCAAGCUCCUCGCCCCUCAGUCUCUUCGGCUGUAGAAGUCUUGCAAGGAUACGAGACGAAACUGAAAGAUGCCAUCCCCUACGGCGAAACCAGUCCCGAAUACACUUAUUACCGAAUCAAGGAGCCCCUAAUUGCUCUGAUUGACGCCCUAUCUGAUUUCACACCUCAAUUCCUUCCUCCUAUCGAGACUCAGCCUACCAAGUCUCUCGAGUUCUUGAACGAGGCCACAGACUUCAUCCACAGGUUGCCUAACUGGGAACCUCAGGCAUAUCGUCAUCAUAAGGAAACUGCAUAUGAAGAGAUAUCCAAGGCAUGGGCGCUUGUCAUCAAUGAGGCAGGCAAGAAGGCCGGCGGUCUUAACUUGCACAGUGGAGGUUGGGACCAGAUCUUAUCUCGACACAACGAACAAUCCGGUGGUCGCCUCUCUUCUGCUAUCAACGCCAUGUCCAUGAGUGUGGGGUGGAUGGGGUCCAAUGCAAACGCCGGACCUGGCGGCCCCUCGGAAUCCAACUCCAUUUUGAACCAGUUGAUGUCAGGUACAUACGGAGCGCCCGUAAGAGUUGGACCCUGGUAG